CUCAGCUGGUCUAUUCUGACUCCCGAUGCCAACAACCAAACUCUAAAUUAUAAAUACAUGGAGCGUCUGGUGUUUAUCUGCGGGACCGAGAAGGCGAAACAGAUCAUCUCUUUGUAUUUGACUCAGAGACGAAGGUAGCUACGUAGACACACAGAUCCGAGUCUUGAAUGAAUGACAAUAGCAACAACUAUGGAGCCAUUUGAAGAUGCGUCGGCGAAAUUGGGGAACAGAGGAGGCCGUCGAAUUUGGCGAAACGGUAGCGUUGGUAAGCGGCGAGCGGUCGAGAUUCCAACGAAUGGAGUGACGACUCAGUCGAAUGGGCAUUCGGACGACCACGUGAGGUCCUUGUCGAACGCCAGCUCGUUCUUGAAGACCAGUACACUGCACGGACUUCGCUUCUGGCCGACGUAUCCGAACCAGCCGCGUUUCUGGUUCAUCGUUCAGCUGCUGUGGAUAUUGCUGACUCUUGGGGCGUUGGGCGCAGUGACAUACUUCAGUUACGACGCUGUGAACAAGUAUCUGCAGUACAAGACGACAACUCACUACGAUGUACAGCGCGCCUCUACCCUGCCGUUUCCGUCCGUCACCGUGUGCAAUUUCAACCCCCUGCGAUUCACCGAUAUCCUUGGUGGCCUGAAGGAGGACACUAGCUUAUCGACUUUGCCCAACCUGUACCUGCUCUGCACACUCUACCACCUAUCGGAUAAGUUCUGUGAGGAAUCGUUGGUGUCGGACAAGAUCGCGGCCGACAAUCGCACCCUGGGUGAGAUCUAUGCUGAGUUUGGACACAAGAAAUGGCAGAUGAUACCGGACAUUGGCCCACCCUGGUGGUACAGCACGGGGUGCAAAUUUGCAGGCCGGCCAUGCUCCGGCGCCAACUUCAGUACUACCAUCUCCGAGUACGGUAACUGUUACACGUUCAACGGCGACCAGAACUCACAGCUUGUGUCUCGAGCGCAGGGCCAGAAGGCAGGACUCGAGGUCGUCCUGAACGUGGAACAAGAUGAAUAUUUUUCUCGUGGCACAACAGCAGUUGGCAUGGCUGUGUUCAUUCAUCCGCCACACCGGCCACUUCUGGCAUAUCAUGAGGCACUGGCGCUUACGCCUGGUACGGAAAACUUCCUCGCGAUCCGUGCUCGCAAGACUGUAAGAGAACCAAAGCCGUAUAACGGGCCGGAUUUCUGCAUCACUCCAGAUGAGGGAAAGGCCAUUGUGCAGUAUUACCAGGACUAUAGCCUGGCAGCCUGCAAGAAGGAGUGUGCAGCACGCUUUGUGUACGACCGCUGUGGCUGUCGAAUGCCGGAAAUGCCCCUCUCCUUGUUGACGCGAAAGCGCUUCUCCUACGCGGAAAAGUACGCCAUUCUGCAGGAGCUGGACAAAGGUGCAAAGCGGACAUUCGUUCAAGAAAAGUAUGGAGUCGUGCACGGUACUCUCGCUGGCUUCAUCAAGAACCGAGAGGAGAUUGUGGCCAAAGUGAAGAAAGCGACAUCAAUGGAUGCCAAGAGCUCUAGGCAGUCGACUUUUCCUGAGUUGGACGAAGCGCUCCUUGUGUUCAGACAAGUGAUGAAAGUGUGCAAAUUAUUCGAUACGAUAGCGUGCGGUGAAAAGGAGCGUGACUACUUCGAAAGCAAUUAUGAAGCUCAGCUGGAGUACUGCGUCAACUGCAAAGAACCUUGCAACGAAACUGGCUUCCAAUACACAUACUCCCUUACGUCAUCAAACUUCCUCGAGCAUUCCAACUCACUUCAAAUGGUACAGGCUCUCGAUGCCAUUGGCAUUGACUUAGGACUGCUCAAGGAGGAUAGUACAAAUGACACAUCUGACACUUAUCGGACCAGUCUGACAGGUGCAAGGGAGAAUCUUCUCAAGCUAGUUGUGUACUUUGACGACUUGAACUUUGAGGAGCGGAAAGAGAUUCCUGUGUACCCUCUGGUCAGCAUGCUUGGUGACCUCGGUGGUAAUCUUGGCCUGUUCCUGGGAGCCAGCAUACUGACGAUAAUCGAAGUCAUCCAGUUCGCCCUCACCUACACGCACCGCAAGGCCAUAGUGGCGCUGAAGAAGCGUGAGGUGGUGCAGCGGAUCAGCCGGGCAGCUAGCCGACGUCAGCUGGUCACAUGGACAGACGGGCUGGCAGCGGAGAAGCAGAAUGCCGGUGAUCAUGAUGCGACCGUCGUGGAAUAUAAUCGCAGUUCAGUAGCAUUGGCAGCAGAGAACAGAGUAUAAUUCUGAGUUCCAUCCGCAUGUCUUGGGUUUUCCGCUUUGUCACUGCUACACGCCAGCUGGGCUAGCUACGUGAAUCGUCGAUCGAAUCAGCUCUGGCCACUGAGCAUGGUGGUAUUCGACUUGACAAUGUCAACCCGACUGUGGAUACAGAGUCCAACAUCAUUUGGGUCAGAGUAUAGUUGACUGUCACAGUACCAGCCCUGAAGACUGCUUUUGAGUCAUGUGUCACGGGGGGCUGGUAAUGUUCUGUUACCACUGAAGCCAGUGUACAAACCAAAUGGGGAAGAUAGUGUUGUUUUGCUGCAACUCUUGAUAUUAUGUUGUGACGGUGGGUCUUGAAGUUGCCUGUGUGCUGCAAGCGGUGGCUGAUAGCCGACACACACACACGCCAUUGGCCAGGCACGGCUCAGACAGGUGCAACUCAAGAAAGUCUGGCUCAGCAUUGCAAGUUUGGCCACUCACUGGAACUGUCGCCGCAUGCACAUGUACAUGUAGUACAUUGUGACGAGGAUGCGACGGGUGACAUCUGGCUCGACUCUGAGUGCAGGUCCUUCACCCGCUAUAUCUUACCAGAAGUACACAGCCGGUCCUUCAGGGGUGAGUGUCGAUAGCCGCAGCUGGAACUGAGCAACACGGGAUUCAGGGGUGAGUGUUGAUAGCCGCAGCUGGAACUGAGCAACACGGGAUUCAGGGGUGAGUGUUGAUAGCCGCAGCUGGAACUGAGCAACACGGGAUGCCGCAUUCAGAGAGAAUCAUCAGUACUGUAUAUAGGCAGUGGUAAGCUUCACAGGCUUAUUUUAAUAUAUCUGAAUUGUACGAAUUUGUCUCCAAUAUAGAAAUGCUGUGAACCAGACCAUUUGCUGGACACAAGCAAACAAUCUUUUCAACUCCCUAAACCGAAUGAAUUUCACUACUAUGGUUCUCUCUCAGCGAUCUUUACUCACACUGUCACAACUUGAAGACGAGUUUUUGAGGUAAUGGAACAGACAGAACUAUAUUGAUGUCUAUUGGCUUGGUCAUUCGGACAUGUGGUCCCCCCCCCCCCC